UAUGAGAAGAUCGUUCAGAUACUACUCGAUAAGGGUGCCGACGUCAACGCGCAGGGCGGCAAGUACGGCAAUGCUCUCCAGGCUGCUUCUUCUGAGGGCUACGAGGAGAUCGUUCAGAUGCUGCUCGACAAAGGUGCCGACGUCAACGCGCAGGGCGGUACGUUCGGCAAUACUCUCCAGGCUGCUUCUUCUGAGGGCCACGAGAAGAUCGUUCAGAUGCUACUC